AUGACUAGUCUACUCGCGCAGCCAAUCACUGCGGCCUCUUCAGGUGCCACGGCAUACACCGCUCCAGGCGUCUUCCCGACGUCUCUAUACGAGUCCUACUAUAAUGAUGCUACCGCGACAUCUGCUGAGCCACAGCCAGUGAUCUCGGACCCUGUGACGCACAAAAUAUACCCAUAUUGGCUGACGAAUCCAGAGACAGUCCCAGGAAAUGACACUUGGGAGGCUCAUCCACUGCCUUCCCCUGCGGCCCCCGACCAACUCAUCGACAUCGCGUACAAUCAGAUCCUAUCCAUCGCAAACAAUUCUGUCUUCGGGAAUGACACUUGCAGCCGUUGCUUGGCUGCGCUCGAGAUUGUAAAGUUCGUUGCGCUCACAGCUCCGGAACAAGGCUCGAAUCUGGUGGUGCGCGUUUGUGAAUACUUCAACUUCAGCAAUACCGGUGAUUGCGGUGGCUACUACGGCCAGUACAGCUUAGGUCCUGAUAUCAUGCAAGCGCUUGCCCUCGCAGAUGUUGGUGGCUAUGACGGUUUGGCUGCGUGCGCAUACUUGAUCGGCGCAUGCCCUUACCCUGCGGCCAGCCCUCUCAAUUUGACCAACUGGUUCGCCAAGCCAAAGCCAAACCCUCUGCCACCUCCGAAGCAACCAACUGGUGAAAAAUUGAAAGUGUUGCAUCUGUCUGAUCUGCACAUCGAUCCGAGGUACAUGAUUGGAGCAGAGGCCAACUGUACGUACGGCUACUGCUGCCGGGCGAACAGCGUUCUCGAGCCAGACUGGACGAGCCGAUCCGCUCCUCGAUAUGGGUCCUUUCUCUGCGACUCACCCUAUCCGCUCAUCACGGCUACAUUCCAGGCCAUCCCAGUCCUAGCAGGCACAGAGAACUCCUCGUUCAACUUCUCGAUCUAUACGGGUGACCUGGUCUCUCAUGACCUCCUCAAUGAGCUAUCAAGGGAGUAUACAGUGUACACCGAGACCGUUCUGUACGACUUGAUGAAACGUAUGAUCAACACGGGUCCCGUCUACGCAGUCCCGGGGAAUCACGACACUUACCAGUCAGGGCAAAACUCCCCAUACAACAUCGGAAACGGCCAUGAAGACCAGUUUGACUGGGACUACGAGCAUUUGGCUGAUUUGUGGGAGCUCGAGGAAUGGAUCUCCCCAGAGGCUGCGCAACAAGCCCGGAAGAAUUAUGCUGCCUAUUCCGUGCAACGUCAAGACGGCUUGAGGAUCGUCACACUCAAUACUGACUUCUGGUUCCAGCCGAACGUCUUUAACUACUUCAACCUCUCGUCUUCGGAUAACUCAGGCAUGUUGCGUUGGCUUACUGAUGAAUUACAAGAUGCAGAAGAUGCAGAAGAGCGAGUAUGGAUCUUGGGACAUGUUCCCAGCGGCUGGGAUGACACCGAUCCUAUCGCAAAUCCUACAAACCUAUUCUACCAGAUUGUCGAUCGGUACUCUCCUCAUGUCAUCGCAGGCAAGUCAAAAAAGCGCAUUCACGAGGAGUCGAAAGCUGAUUCGGUGCUAGGCAUCUUCUUUGGACACACCCACAUGGACAUGUUAACGGUGUAUUACACAAACAAUGCCACCGUACUGAGCGCCGACACCGCUCAAACUGUCGCAUGGAUUGGCCCGUCGGUUGUGCCGGUAACAAACUACAACGUCGGCUUCCGGGUUUACGAGGUUGACUCUGGGACAUUCGAAGUCCUUGACUCGUACACCUACUAUGCCGAUGUCAACACUUUCCCCGACCUGGACGGCCAGACGGAGUUCGGUCCUACCUUUGAGCUGGAAUAUAGUGCUCGGGAAGCAUACGGAGCGACGAUCCAAUGGGGUGCCAAUGACCCUCUGAAUGCUACAUGGUGGCACCUCGUGACAGAGGCGAUGGAGACAAACUCGACUCUCGUUCAGAUGUUCAGCAACUACCAGUACAAGAGUUCAAUUCGCUACCCACCAUGCACGGGAAUUUGUAUUCCCAACAAGAUCUGCUCUAUCCGGAGCGGUAGCGCUAGUCUGUAUCUGCAGAAUUGCGCAUGA